UGAGGUUUUGGGUUUGCACCAAUGGGUUAUGGGAUGUGUUUAACAUCUUUCAAGGCAACAUUGAAUGCUUUCUAAGAUCUUGAUCACAUCCUUCAACAACGAAGUUGUUUGUUGAUUAGUGUUGUUUAUUGUGGUUUGAUUGUGAAGAAUUGGGUUAUGAACCAAUCAUAAUCUUCGGAGUUUAGAGUAAGUAUAAUUUGUCAGACUUGAUCUUGUCUUCUAAGGGAAGAUCAGAAUACCAUUACUGGUUGAUGCUUUAUGGAUGAAAAGUUGAAAAAAAGAAAGUUGUGAUUCCUUGCCAGCCAAACAAAGGUUUAGUUCCUUGAGAUUGACUCUUUUGGAAAGCUUGAGGAUUUGAAAUUGGAAUCUCUUCUCUUCUUUGAGAGAAUAAUUAGCUGCAUGAUUGUUCUUAUUGGCCUAUCAAUUUCAAGGACUCUGUUUUCAGGUCUCGUGUAGCUGUAUCAGCAACGAAAUCUGGAUGAACAGAUUGUGAUAAAGUUCAAGAAAUCACGUUGUCAUUAUGGCAAAGAAAUCACAACGACACCCUAUUCGAUAUGAUAAAGAUCAAGCAGGCUGCAUAUGGGGCUUCAUUAGUUUCUUUGAUUUUCGCUAUGGUCGAUCAACUCGUAAGCGGCUUUUGGAUAGGAGGCGACAAAAUGUUGGUAAGAGGUUAUCUAAUAAAGCAAGACCAUGGUGCUCGGUAUUCCCCCUCUAAACUGCACAUGCGGAAAAACUCAAAUGGGGACCCUCAAGAAAUUUAUGACGGUAAAGAAAGAGACACUCCGAUAGCUGAUGAUGCUAGGACAAGUGUAAAGGAUCUAAUGGAAGAAGAAAUGUUCAGUGAACAAGAAAAGAAUAAGCAGACAAGUAACGCUGGUAUCGAAGCCAAAGAAUCUGAUCCAGGACAUAGUGGACGUCUGAAAAAGAACCACAAGCGAACGAGUAAAUCUAGCAAGAGUUCUUGUGAUAUAAAUUAUGAGUUGGAUGCUGCUGAAAACUUGGGGCCUGAUAACUCUCGUCGUCAUGAUUCGGAGGAAAAAAAUUUCAAAAAUUUUGAUAUGGAAGUAUUAUUGAACGAGAUAUGCCAGCAGAUCUAUCAGAAUAAUGAUCUCGACAUUCAGUCUAUAUUUGACGAAAAAUUUGUUGAAGCAAUUAAGGUGUUUGUAGAUCAGAGGUUUACGAAUGGGAAAAUUGACCGCUCCAAAGAAUUUACAGAUAUACUUCAGACAUUAAGUUCGAAUAAAGAAUUGAUUUUGAAACUCCUAAAAGAUCCGAACUCGCUGUCAAUGAAGCAAUUUGACAACUUGGAGGAUGGUCAGAGCGAGAAAGACCAAAAUUCGAAUUCAUCUGCAACAUUCAACUUGUUAGGUGGGGAGCUAAAUAACUCAAAACCAUCUGAGCCCGUUGCACGUAAGCCGCACAACUUCUUCAGGAGAAAGAGCAAAUCUCAGGAAAAAAUUGUGCUGAAUGGAGAUGAAAAUUGUCAAAAUUCAAGUAGAAUUGUCAUUUUGAAGCCCGGACCACAAAGUGUGCAAAUUUCCGAAACUGAAAUGAAGCUUAGCUCCUCACCGCAAGCUCAUCACGACUUGGGGACUAAAGUGCAGACUGAGAAAAUUGCUUCCCAAUUUUCUUUUACCAAAAUUAAAAGAAAAUUAAAGAAUGCUAUGGGAAAGGAGAGGCAUGGGUCCCAUUCCAAUGAUCAAAACAUGGGAUAUAAUGACAAAGGCGUUGGCAGGGAAAAGGGUGGAUGGAAUUCUCCGAAUAGAAACCAUUUCUAUAAUGAAAGAUUUGCCAGACCCGCAAUUGGUGUCAAGAACAAAGAAAAUAAUUGCAAGCUAAAAGACACUGAAACAAGCUCGGGAAAUGAAACUGUUGAUUUUGCCAAGCUUAGGGUAUCUAACAUCUACGUCGAGGCCAAGAAACAUCUCUCAGAAAUGCUGAGCAAUGGAGAUGAGAUUGAGGAUUUUUCAAGCCAGCAAUUACCAAAAUCACUGGGGAGGAUUCUCUCUCUUCCGGAGUUCAAUUUGUCUCCUGUUUGCAGUCCCAGAAGGGACAAUGCAAACACAGGCCAGCUUACACAAGAAAACCAUGUCAGUCAUCUAAGUCCUUCACAACAAGACUUAAAUGAUCAAUCAUGCAUUAGUGACAACCCUGAAGACAUGGUACAAUCUUGCAACGCAAAUUCAGAUGUCUUGGAUGAGCUUGCUCGUGCUAAUGCAGUGGAAGAAACAUCGUGUUCUAUGAGACCUGAGAAGAGUUGUGAAGGUGAUGUGGAGAUUUUAGAAACAUAUGAAUUAGUCCUGGAGGAGAUUGAAAUUGUGGAGAUCGGAAUCAUGGACAUUUCAGCUGAACAGUGUAGCUCUUCCAUUAUUGGAGAUGAGCGAAACGGUGAUCUUCCUGAACUUUGUGACGAAGAUGAAUCUGCCCCGUGCUUGAAAUUGGACUCAUUUGAACAGGACCAAUUACUAUCUUCUUCAUUAACGUCUCCACCAAGCUCUUCGAUCACCGAACAUGUUGAAGAUCUAGAUAGUACCAAUGAGAGAUCAGAGCGGCCCAGCCCUGUAUCUGUGCUUGAGCCAUUAUUCACAGAAGAUGACAUCAGCCCUGCAAGGAUCAAAUCCCAAACAGUCGAACCUCCCAUGCAGCCACUGCAGAUCCAUUUCGAAGAACGGAUGAUUUGUGCUACAAGUCGAGAAAUUUGCAUAAGUACUUGUAUGGAGGACGAGGAAUCUGCGUUUGAGUAUGUUGAAGCAGUUUUAUUGGCUUCCGACUUGAAUUGGGAGGAAUUUCUCUUGAGGUGGCUAUCUUCUGAUCAAAUUCUGGACGCAUCAUUGUUUGAUGAAGUAGAGUUGUUUUCAAACCGAUCUUGUCAUGACCAAAAGCUCCUCUUUGAUUGUACUAAUGAAGUUCUUCAGGAGGUUUGUGAGCGGUAUUUUGGUAAUUCCCCUUGGGUGUCGUUCAUAAAACAUAACAUUCGGCCAAUCCCAAGGAGGGAGAGUCUCAUCCAUGAAGUAUGGGAAGGAGUUGAAUGGCAUCUGCUCCCAAUGCCUUCUCCUCAUACUUUGGACCAAAUUGUCAGAAAAGACAUGGCGAAAACCGGAACAUGGAUGGACCUCCGAUUCGAUGUUGAAAGUAUCAGUAUUGAUAUUGGAGAAGCCAUUUUUGAAGAGUUGGUGGAAGACGCCAUAUUGAGCUUUGUAAAUGAAGGUGAAGAAGUCGAUUCUUCUAUGCUCCCAGAAGAGUUGGUAGAGAUUAAUGACUUAGAUUUGUAAAAUGCAGCCGACUUCAUUUUGUUGUUCGUUUGGGCCCACCUUGAGGCAGCAUGGGAUGGGGCUAUGACAUCUCACCAAGUUGGUCUUUUUCUAACAUUCUCUACUGAAACUAUAUGGAUAUGACAAAUUUUCUAGUCUGUUUAACCCUAGCUCAUGAGCUUUCUUUGCCGAAAUAAAAGAUUCUUACCAAAUAGGGAAGGGAUCGAAAACAUCUAUCUCCGGAGUAGGUGUUCCAUCUGGAAACAAAUAAUGUCAGACUGUGGCGUUUCCAUGACCAUGACCAUGACGAGCAUCGUUUUUUGUGCAGUGGAUUUAUAACCCAACGGCUUGAUGACUUGAGGUGUUCAUCUUGUAUAAUUUGUAGGAUAUGGUGUGUGGAUUGUGUUUUGUAUCUAUUUGUGUGAAAAUUUUCCCUCUUUUGUUGUUUGAUGCUAUUCAUUUCUCUUUUUGUUUUUGUGUUUUUGUUUUUGACAUAGUUCUUACUGAUGUAAUUACACAUUUGUGGGUUUUUGUGAGUUUUGUGAGUGGUGACUAGUAAGUUGUAAUUGAAAAAAAAAAAUGAAAAAUGAAAAAUGAAAUGUAGACAGGAGUGUUGUUUGCAUUUGACAA